AUGGCAGAUUCUUUUUUCGGGUUCGAUACUUCGUUAUCGAACUUAAAUGACGAUGAAGGUGGAGGGGAGCCAUCGGAAGAGGAAUAUGAUGCUCUCAACGACGAGACAUUUGGUCAGGACUCGGAAGAGUUUGAUUGGGAGGUAGAACAUGAACAUUUAGCUGAGCAAUUGGAGAGUAGCCGUCGCAAUGCGGCCCUCGAUGAGGCAGAUUCCAGACUUGAGGCAUCACUAUCACAGCUAGUGCUAGAUGAAACGGACGCGCCACACACAAGGAGCCUCGGUUCUAGCGUUUGGAGGCACGACCUAUCGUUUUCAGCACCUACGGCCAUCCCGCCUCUCAAAAAUGUAUGCACAGUGGAAGAGUUGGAAAGGCAGUUGCGCCAAAACCAAGCUCCACAAAACUACUCUCAGAACUUUUAUCAGCCAAGAUUCCCACCAGUUAUCUUGCAAAGGCCGCCCGGACUUCAAGCGCCGGUACCAUUACCAUUCGCCCCACAACAACCUAUGGCUCAUAAUAUGAAUCAAAUGAAUCAACCUAUGAAUCAGUCAAUGAAUCAACAAAUGAAUCAGUCAAUGAACCAACCACUAAAUAAAAUCAUAGGUCAAAACAACCAGAUGAAUCAUAUGAUUCAAAAUAUGAACCAAAUGGGUGGCAUGAAUCAAAUGGGACAAAAUGUCAACCAAAUGGGACAAAAUAUUAAUCAAUUAGGACAGAAUGUUAACCAAAUGGGACAAAAAGGUAACCAAAUGGGUCAUAACGUCAACCAAUUCAUGCAAAACUCGAAUCAAAUGAAUCAAUUUCAAAACAACCAGAUCGGACAGGGUAUGAUCAACCAAAUGCAAAAUAUGCACCAAAUGGGACAAAAUCAAAUGAUGCCGCAAAAUUUGAAUCAGAUACCGCCAAAUAUGAAUCAAAUGGGCCAAAAUAUGAAUCAAAUGGGACAAAAUAUGAAUCAAAUGGGACAAAAUCAGAUGAUAGCAAAUGGGAAUCAGUUUGGAAUGAAUCAAUUUCCACAUAUGAUGGGACAACCGCGGAUGAUAGCGCCACCGCCGGGUAUGAAUAUGCAGAGGCAAAAUUUUACCCAAAAUAUGAAUCAAUUUAAUCCGAAUUUUCGUGGACCAUCAAUACCAUCAAAAAACGAUCAACCAAUAAUGAACCACAUGAAUAAACCCCAACCGCAAAUAAAUCAAUCGAAAACACCGCAAAAAAUCCAAAAGAUCCAAACCCAGAAUCAAACAAUUCAGAAUCAAUCAAUCCAGAAUCAAUCAAUCCAGAAUCAAUCGAUUCAGAAUCAAUCGAAAUUGAAGAGUCGUGUCUAUAAUUCCAAGAAUCUGACGUCCCAGAAUCUGGUUCAGUUAAUUCAGAAUACGCAUCCAAUGUUACAAUACAAUAAUAGUUAUCACAAUGCAAGUCAUCAUCCAAUGUUGAAUAACAGAAUGUUUAUAAAUCAAAAUGUCAACCAUCCAUUGUUCAGGCAGAACGGUACAUUUGGCAACACUAAUAGACACACAAAUAGUGAUGAUAGUGGCAGCGACACUGAUGAGUAUGCCGGUCUCAUGACGCAAAGAGAAAAGCAAUGGCUUAUAAACAUACAGAUGUUACAACUAAACACAGGAACACCAUAUAUACACGAUUUUUAUUAUACUGUAUUUCUAGAAAGACAAGCAAACAAAGAAAAAGAAGGCAUCAAAGAAGCUCAUAAAGCGAAUCAACAAAAUCAUCCUUUCUAUAGUGGAGCAGUGAAACAAGACAACGAAGCACACAGACACGGACGCGAGCGUCACAACUCGCACCGUCACAACUCGACCAGCGAGGACGCGCCGCGGGCGUACGUGCCCACGCAGUUUGAGAACUCGCUGGGGAAGCUGCAGUGUGGCAGUGUGACGGCGCCCAGAAAGAUCAUAGAUGUGGAGCUGGUAGCGGAACCCGCUUCGGGAAGGCAGUCGCGGGCGCCGAGUGUUGCCAGCACAACUAACCCUGCUGAGGUUCCAAGAGAAAUUCGAAGGACGAAACAAUUAUUACUGGACAUAGAGGCGUUGUAUUUAAUUUUGUUGAGACUCGAAGAGUUGAAUGAUCCACUCGCUAUAUCGAAUGCGCUUAUUUUAAAAGAAAGAGAAGAAAAACAAAAACAAUUAGAAGCGGCUCAGAAGGAAGCGGAAAAUGAACACGAGGAUGAGUCGAAUCUCUUUUUAAAGAAUAUCGAAUCUGUCCAGCGGAGGCCUAAACAGGACAGCCCUAAAAGCGAAUGUAUAGAUAAAAGACAGGUUGUCAAUCUGGCGGUGAGUCAGAAACCACCGGUGAAGAAUCUAUUGGACGAAGACAAAGACGACUUGCUGAACAAAAUGUUUGCAGGACUGUUACAUAGUGAUCGGUUACAGCAAAUGUUAGCUGUAAGAAAAGGGAGGGUCCUGUUAGCACGCUUUCUUUCACGUACCCCGCCGGCGCACGCUCGUUUACGUGCACUGUGGGCGCGUGUACUGCGUGCGUUGCCAUCGGCCGCCCGCCGUGACGAUGGUGGACUGAUGGCUUUGGCUGAGUUCUAUAGACGAUAUAUACAAAACACAUCUGGCUGGUCUGCAGUGAUAGAGUCGUGUGGGAUACUCUCUGAAGCAUUGGAUCCGGCUCGAACGCCACACGCUUUAACAUCUUCUUUAACACUAAGCUGCGUGUGCGCAUUGAUGGAACGCGCCAUACUUCUAGUGAACACGCCAGACGCGACAUCAAACGAACGUCAAUGGUACAAAUUCCUUAAAACACUAGCACGUGCACUGAAAAACACAAAUCUACCCAUAGCGAAGCCAAUACACACGAUGCCUGAGCAGAAAUUGAUGCAACACAUCAAACAACUCGAGUCGAGGUCGACUAUAGAGAUAUUGCAACGGGGCAAGUCGGCGGACUUCGAACUGACCAAAAACGAUGUUUCCGAACAGCUCGUCAAACAUUUGUGUUUG